AUGAUCAAGGAGCUUCAGUCGAUGAACAUCGAGCUCCUCGUUUCCAUCUGGCCCACCGUCGACAAGCGGUCCGAAAACUACGACUUCAUGCUGGAAAACGGACUUCUGAUCCGGCAAGACCGAGGCCUGCGGAUUUCAAUGGACUUUCAAGGAGAGACGGUCCAUGCUGACUUCACGAAUCCGGCCACGAGAGAGUUUGUCUGGAAGACCGUCAAGAAGAAUUAUUAUGAUAAGGGUGUCAAGCUUUUCUGGCUUGACGAAGCAGAACCGGAGUACAACGCCUACGACUUUGAUAUUUAUCGGUACCAUAGCGGAAGUGUGUUGAGCACGGGGAAUGCGUAUCCGGUGGAAUAUGCCAAGGCAUUCUUUGAAGGGAUGGUGAAGGACGGCAAGCAGAAGGAUGUCUGCAAUCUCAUCCGCUGUGCUUGGGCUGGAAGUCAGAGGUUUGGAACGUUGCUGUGGAGUGGUGAUAUCGCCAGCAGCUGGGAGAGUUUUCGAGACCAGUUUGCAGCUGGCUUGAAUAUUGGAAUUGCCGGCAUCCCAUGGUGGACCACGGACAUUGGCAAGACGACCCUGUGGCCUACAGCCUCAUACACCAUGCUGACUCCAAUCAGGUGGCUUCCAUGGCGGAAAUCCUACGCACCCUGA